CAACAACAAUGUCUCUCCAUACGACACGCAUGCUAUUGAGGAGCCGCCUAGCGCUGCGUAACAACUGGAUCUGUCCAUUAUGCCAGGCGACACGAAAAUCCUCGACCGAUGCGCCAGCUUCACCACUACUGGGCAAGCUCAAAGGUGACCUCAAGUCCGCUAUGAAAGCCAAAGACAGCAACCGAUUGAACGUCCUUCGAGGGCUUAUCGCCGAAGUGACAAACUCCGCCAAGACGUCGAAUCCCAUCAAGACAGACAUGCAAUUGCUCUCUCUGCUGCGGAAGCGAACAGCAGCAGCAAAGUCGGCGCAAGAGGAGUUCAAAGCUGCUGGGCGCGAGGAUCUGGUGGAGAAAGAGCAGCAGCAAGUGGAGGUGCUCGAUGAGUACGCCGGCAGUGUCGAGACCAUGAGCGCAGAGGACAUUAGCAAUGCGGUGCAGGCCGUGGUGGAUCAGGCGAAAGCAGCUGCAGAGAACGUCAAAGUCAACAUGGGAGACGUGCUGAAGAAAGUGUUGGGCCCUGGUGGCAGUCUAGAGGGGAAGCCUGUGGAUCGAGCAGAGGUCGCUCGAGUUGUCAAGCGCAUUUUGGGCCAGUGAUAUCAAAAAGUAAUGAUUGGGAUACUACCUUACCUACAUGCUCUCGCGGUAGGUAGCUUCAAAUUGGCUCGGAAGGAUUGAGUCAAUAUCUUCUAUCGAGCAGUCUGUAUGAAUACAUGUAGCUUAUCUCGUCCGAGGAUACCUAGGUACUUAAUACCACUUCUCCUCUCUCUC